AUGCUUAAGAAGUCCAUUACAGAAUGCUCUUCGGAUGCAUAUCUCAUCAUCAACAUGCCUGGGCUCGAGAAUAUCGACAUGAUCGACAGAAAGCAGGAGCUUUGGCGGAACUUGGUCAAAUAUAUGCAUAUGCUGAGCACCUUGAUUGGAAUGCCUUGGGUUGAAGGAACACUUGAUCUACUGUUCUUAGAAGCCUACAUUACCAGGACUUGCUCUGCCGAGACGAUUAGCAUGAACGAGGAAGAAGACGUGUUCGCCGAAUACAUAGACACGAGAAAGAGGAUCAUCAGAAUCGAGUUCAACCCUCUUCCGCCUCCAGGCCCUGAGCGUGAUUUGGCGAUCCGUGCCAAUGAUGAAUUAAUCGACAAGGUUUUGAAAAGGAUACCCUCGCCACACUAUUCAUUCUUGAUUACGUCAAGUACCACAAGUGCCAUCCACCCUAUUCCGGAGGUAGCUCUUGAGAACAGUCCUCAGGGAUUCGAACUAUUUUAUAGAAUCGUGAAUGACCCACGUCGUGAAGAAGAGGUUGAAAGGCACGUCCAGUUGAAGGGAUUGAGUAAGCCUCAAUGGAAUGAAAACAAAGAUCCACUCUCUAUUUAUUUGGAGAGGAGAAAAAAGGAUCAGAUUCAUUUGUUUGACUACGAGCUUUGGAGCCAAAAUGAGAAGCUUGUUACCACAAUAGCCGCUAUGAUUGUGUCUUUAUUUGCCUUGAAGACUUUGGGGGUCGCCAAGAAGCUAUUUGGUAAGAAGAAGGCCAAGCGAAGCUAA